GUGCUUGAGAAUCGAUUCGCCCGAAUGACUCUCUUAAAAGGAGUCGUUCAAACAAAACGAUUCGUUCACGAAUCUCUUGAUAAAGCGCUUUCCGUUUCGAGCGCGCGCUGCUGCAAAACAUAUCACUACCCCAGGACACAGAGGAGAGAGGACUGACUACCUGUCCGAGAGGUGAAUGAUCGCUCCAGUGUUCUGUCAAGGACUUCAAAAUGAGACGUCUUGGGAACUGCGAUUAAAUUAGAUCACGAGAACAAGAACUGCAUAUACUGUUUGGUAUUUGAUUUGGAUCAGCGUGUGUGGUAUGGAUGAACAGUUGGUGAUGGAGGGUGCUCACAACAUCACGCAGCCCUGGUUGGGGUGGGAGGAGGUUUGCUCACUCUCGCUGGGUGGCACCACCUUCCUGAUCAUGGCCUACAGCACCAUGCUGGCUGUGGGUCUCGUGGGAAACACCUGCGUUGUCCUGGUUAUCCUGCGCCAGAAGGAGAUGCACAACGUGACUAACAUCUUCAUUGCCAACCUUUCCUGCUCCGACAUCCUCGUGUGCCUCAUAUGCCUGCCCAGCACCAUCACCUACACACUGAUGGACAGGUGGAUUCUAGGUGUGGCUCUUUGCAAAUUGACUUCGUUCGUCCAAUGUCUGUCCAUCACGGUCUCCAUCUACACCUUGGUGCUGAUCACACUGGAGCGGCAUCAGCUCAUCAUCCACCCUACUGGUUGGAAGCCAGUGCUUGGACACUCGUACCUGGCUGUGGCUGUCACCUGGAUUAUGGGAUGCUUCGUCUCGCUGCCCUUCUUUUCCUUCACCUUGUUGGUUGACUUUAAAUCCCAGAACCUCAGCAUUCCGAUGAAUCCCUCCGAUUCUCACCUGGUCUGCAUGGAAAAAUGGCCAUCGGAGGGGAACCGCUUAGCGUACACAACAUCACUGCUGGUGUUCCAAUACUGCCUGCCUCUUAUACUCAUCAGCAUCUGCUACUUGCGCAUUUUUCUGCGCCUCAGUCACCGCAAAGACAUUAUCGAGAGGACACGGGAUGCACGUCAACGAAACGCUAAACACUUCAAGCGUAUCAACGCCAUGCUAGCCUCCAUUGUGGCCCUGUUCGCCCUCUGCUGGCUGCCGCUGUACGUGUUCAACGCCAUUUUCGACUGGAACCAUGAGGCAAUCACAUGGUGCCACGAUGCUGUCUUUUCAGUGUGUCACCUCACAGCAAUGGCUUCCACAUGCGUCAACCCCAUCAUCUACGGCUUUCUAAACAACAACUUUCAGAAAGAGCUGAAGUCACUGCUGUAUCAGUGCCGAUGCUCGGGAGUUCCCCAGAACUAUGAGAGCUUCCCGCUGUCUACCGUCAGCACCGAUGUGACGAAAGGCUCCAUUCUCAGCAAUGGCUCUGACACCAUCGCUGUCUCACCGCAACAGCAAGAGAAAGAGUGUUUGUAAAUAAGCACCUCAGACAUGUGCAUUAGACUGAGUUACAGUUGUUGGCUACAUAUGCUCAGUUCUAAUCAAUAAGUCAUCAUCAGCCAACUGCUGGGUCGGAUUUGAAGAUGAUUGGUAGCAAACCAGCAUUUAUUUUGAACAGACCUCACGUUCAAAAUAAUGUAACCCUUAUGAUUUGAGGGCACUGUGUAAAUAUUGAAGAUUAUUUUUUUCUUGGCUAGAUGACAUAUCUCUCUCUAACUUUGGUAUUAAGUAUAUAAAGGCCUUAAAAGGUAACUUUCACCCGCUAGUCACAAGGUAAUGCACCAUACACUAAAGUAGGUUAUGUAUCACAUGUACCUCAGAAAUACACUGUACAUAUGUGUGAUCUUGAACACAUAUUUACAGAAAAGUUGGCAGAGGGGUUCCUUCUCAGUUUUGGGGUGAGUCAGUGUGACUGCUGGAAACAUGUCUGUCAUCUGAAGACAGUAACAUUACAAGAAAAAAGGAAAGGAAAACACAUUCAUGACAUCCAGUGGUGGAAAUUUAUGGACCAAUCAAGAGGAUGUGUUCAUAUUGGAGAGACAAUUUUCACAGUGGAGUUGGGAGUUCACAUAAUAUGCUGCGUUGGUGUUACUUGACUGGUAAGCAACAGUGUUAAGUUACGGGGUGUGGCUAAACAUCAAAACGAAGUUCUCUGCAUGAGUCAAGUAUACAAAGCAGCUUUCUAAAAGAUUUCUGAGGGGCCUUUAUGUCAGGCCUUGAUGAAAAACACAACAAAAAUGUGAAUGUAAACAAAAGCCACAUUUGUUUUAUUUCAAAACUAUGUUAAUUCCCUUUAAGUCUGCUUCACCUCUUUUACUUUGCACAGUGCGUGACACUCGCAGUAACACUCGCAGAUUAGUAGAUGCCUCCAAGGUCACAAGGUCAAAUGUGAAGCUAAACUGUAAAUAGUGACGCAUGCCAUUAGCUGUAAUUAGAAUAUUUUUGAUACAUGUAGACGGAUUGUUAAUACUGUAAUAACAUUUAGUCCCCCGAAAUAAAAGAGCUCUGUUUGUUCUUUAAGUGAUAGUGAAAGUUGAAAUAGUGAAAGCCCUUAUUUAUUUUUUGAAUCCAGAGUGUCCACAUUGCAAGGUGACCAAAUCUGAUUUGUUUGUUUGCAUUGUAAUCACAUUUGCUUGAAUAUUCAACAUUGGGUUUUGUGGUAAUGGAGCAGGAGUUCGAGUAGUCUGGGAGAGAGGAAAGUUAGCUACUUAGCUUGUUAACACCAGAUUUCAGUGUGGAUUUAGUUUUCCAUAAUGUGCAAUGGGGCUCAUUUAUCAAUCUUUUAGUAACUUUGUGUGUAAAUGUUUCCAUAGGCCAAACCAAACUAAAACAUCCUGCCAGAUUUACAAAAGCUUCAGUAACGAUGAUUUUCUUAGCAGUUGCCUGUGUAUAGCCACGCCCACAAACCUCAAGAAAAAGCAAAGAGCUGAAAAUCACAAAAUGGCUGUUAAACAGUGAAAGAGUACCUCCUAAGCACAGCAUCCACUAAAUCUUGCAGUAAUGCAGCGUGUCGUUUACCGCAGACACAAACUAACUCGUUCUGAUUUUAUAGGUCGCCAUUAAUUUCGUCCUAAAUGAGUAUCUAGUCUUAUUUUUUUGUCUUAAUUUAUGGAUUUGUUUUGGAAUGCUUUCUUUCAAGUCAUUAAUAUCAAACAACCAACAAGUGUCACAAAAUGUUCAGCAAAUUUGUGCACACGAUUGAAAUAAAUAUGCGGUUUAAACUUGCGAUGUUUAUAUAAAAUUGCAGCUACUCACCAAUUAUAGAUUAUGAUUUGAAGCCAGUCGAUUGGAGUCCACAUUAAUGCGUCUCCUUAUACGUAAACUUUACACAAACACAGGGGGUCUCAAAGGAUGCACAUAUUUUUCUGGAUUUUCAGAAAAAUGAAUACAUUCGUUCAUAUCCCGUUUGUUAAAUGAGGCCCAAUGAUUCUUGUUGCUUUCGCUGCGUCCAUAUUGUUGUUCUUUCAAAUUUCUAAUGAUAAGAAGGGCCACGCUGAAUGAUAAAAAAAAAAAUUAUCCUAUUUUUCAGUUAAGCAAAAAUGUAAUAUUUGAAAAAAUGUUAAUUAUCAUUCUUAAAUUAGGAAAAAUGUUAUAUUUGAUGUCGUAAUGGUUUAAAAAAACGAGCUGUAAAAUGUGAACCAAACAUAAAUAAUGCAAAUUAUAACAUCCAAGAACCUGUAAGCACAUUAUAUAUUUGUUUAGACAAAAAAUACCUGUAUUUUUUAAUAAGGAAAUAUGUUCAGUUGGAGUGGCACACUCCUGGGCUUUUGGUUUGAGCCUGAGCUUGGGUUACUGUCUGCAUGGAGGCUUUACUCCAUUUUCUCUGAAAAAGGUGGUGUCUCACCUCCCAAAAAAUGGCAGUAGGUAGACUGGUUACUUUAAAUUACUUCAUGCACUGUGAUGGAUUGGCGUUUCAUCUAGAGUGUAUAGGGAGACGUGUAUAUGUUAAGACAAAAGCAUAGCAGUUCUGUUAGAGCGUUUAUGAGAUUAUAGUUUUAUUGAGCAUAGAGAAUAAGCUGUCGAAAAAAAGAAACAUUGAUAACAGUAAUUGCCUGCUGGCUGCUCUGCUGUAUGUGAAGUAUAUUUUAAUUGUACUUAAUUGUAAUUGCCUUUAUAGUGCUUAAACAUAAAUGUUAUAAUAUUGGGGGGAGAUAUAACACAUUAUGCCCCAUCUAGGGUCUUCAAUAUUAUUCAUGCAUACACCUGUUCACUCUCAUGAUUAAUUCACCAUUUAAAUCUGCAUUAUUUUUCUUUAUCCAUACUUAUUUGGUGUCUGUGUGUGUCUGUGUGUGUCUGUGUGUGUCUGUGUGUGUCUGUGUGUGUCUGUGUGUGUCUGUGUGUGUGUGUCUGUGUGUGUCUGUGUGUGUCUGUGUGUGUCUGUGUGUGUCUGUGUAAUCUGCCCACUGCUUGUAUCACAAAUCUCUGGAGUCGAUCGGGCACAUCUGUCGGCUGAGAUGGAUCAUAAAUGGUGUGCAGUCCUUUAAUGCACUCAUUAAUUUGCCACCCUGUCAUUCAUGCGCUGGUUAUUUUUGGUUAUAAAACUUAUUUUUAUGCACAAGCCACAUUCCCUCACACACAGGCCCUGCCAAAAAACAAAUACGGCCCUGGUCCCUGCACACCACUUGAAACAGCCACGUUCUCAGGAUGGACUCUGGAUCCACCAUGACCCUGAAAACGUGAUUACUGAAGAGUAAUGGAAUUGAUUUACAAAAUGCUUUUUACGAAUGCUGCAGUAUAGCUACCACAAGACUAGAUUCCUGUACUAGUUAACAGGAACAGUAGUUUACAGUAGUUGUGGUAUAUUGAAUAUAAUAUAAUGUGUGUAAUAUUAAACUGAAUGUUGUAUUAAUAAUAAUAAUAAUAAUAAUAAUAAUAAUAAAAAUAAAAGAAGCUGCCUAGAAGUAGAAAGCGCCACUUGGCAUGGGCGAUAUGACAAAAGUAUGAUAGCACGUCUCUCAAAGACUUUUCUACGAUAUACGAUAUGCUUUGCAUUGUUGUGUAGAUUUGGUAGAUGUACUGUGUUAUAUUUCGAUAUAAAUGUUUUAUUAUUUAUGUUUUAUGUGUUAAGAUACUAUGAUAUAAUUUAUCACAAUAUCGAUAUUAUAUCAGCAUAUCACCCAGCCCUAGUGUGAAGCUUGGUACUGCCAUUUUCUAUACAGUCCAGAUAUCUUUUCAGACAUAUGUAUUCAAACAGACAUGACUUUAGACUGGCUCGAUUCAGCUCUUGACAGGAGAGGAGGAAACAGUGUGUGUGUGUGUGUGUUAGAGUCUGUGUGCGCGCGUGCGUGCGCGCGUGUGUGUGUAUUCACUUAAUGCGAGUGAGUGAAAGAUCAGGUCUAUUUCAUUGCGGUGCUUUGAAAUAUUUCUGUGCAUUAACAAUUUAUGUGCCUGCUUAUCAUGGACAGAUAUCUUAUUUAGCCUGACUCAGUCUUUCUGUGUGCAAACAUAGGUGUGUGUGUGUGUUGCUAUACUUGUGAGGUAUACACUGAAUGUGAAUAAAACCUACUUAUACCUACUUUUUUGUACCAUAGCUCACCAAGCAUGUGUUUUCUCCACGAAUCCCCAUGAUAUAACGCAUUGCUCAACUCCAAUAAUUUCAACGUCAAGCUGUUGAUAGAUACAUUUUAGCUCUCCAUCUAAUAUCUAGUAAAGUUCCGAUUUUGAUCGUUAGGUUUUGGUUACGUAUAAGGUCCAAGUGAAACUAGAGAUAUUUAUAGUGUCAGUGGUGUAGUUUCAGAGGUUUAUUUUCCCCCGGAAAUAUUUGAUGACAGUUCCAAAUGGUUAUUUAUGGCUGGUUUACAAAACACCAUACAUACAGUGCAGGAUUAACCAAUCAGGAUUGUUCCCAUUUCUGUUCGUAAGCUAAUUCUCUGCAUUAUUCCCAGGAUACUUCCCAGAUCCCAUGUACAAAUAAAAUAAAAAUAAAAGACUUGAAAGAACAAACUACACAGCACCAUGAGGAAAAAACCUGACAUUAACGAAUAACGUUGCUCUCUAAGCUCUGGGAAAGUGUUGUCGGAGAAGUACUGGAGUUUUACUGCAGGAGGAGAAAAAGCUAAGAUAUAUCCAUCCAUCCAUCCAUCUUCUAUACCGCUUAUCCUCUUCAGGGUCACGGGGGAACCUGGAGCCUAUCCCAGGGAGCUACGGGCACAAGACAGGGUACACCCUGGACAGGGUGGCUAAGAUAUAAUUUCCCCUUAUUACUACUGCAGAAUGUUAUUUGAAACAUUUUCAGUAGAACUGUCAUUAAGAUAUAGUAACAUUAUUAAUAUGCCAAGAUUGGUUGACAGGACAUGGUGCUUUUUAUAGAAUUAAACAACAAAUUCUGAAUCCCAUCACCGCUCCUACUGUUGUCUGGCAUCCUCCCAAAGUACAUGAGCACAUCGUUAUCAAUUCAGUUGCACAUUUCCUUAUCCUCCCCUGAAAUGAAUUCCUGGCUACACCACUGUAGUGUAUACAGCAUAUUAUCAGAAGUAUAGUAAUGCAAGUAUGUGUGUGUGUGUGUGUGUGUGUGUGUGUGUGUCUUUAGUAGUCAUUAUAGUAGUCAUUAUGUCAGCAAAAUUCAUAGUAGUCAUUAUGUCAGCAAAAUUCAAAAGACAUUUAUACGUUACACAGUGAAAUUGUACAAAACAUAUGAUUCCGAAACUCCAUAUAGAUAUCAAAUAUAUUGUGCAAAAACGUUGGUUGUUCAUUUGUCAAAUAUGAGCAGAUCUCUUCCAUAAUGCAGCUCUCACAUCAACUAAUUAUAAAUAUGCGUCAUUCUGUGGUGAUUUCUUUGAGGCCUCCAUGUAAAAUUUGGAUGUAUGCAUGAAUGGUGAAACAGCAUUUGUUGUUAAUAUGCUUUGUGAUACAUGUGACUAAUAUAAUUCAUCAUUAUUGCUGGAUUUGUGUCUGGAAUUUUUUUUUCUCAAUAAUCAUGUCAUGUGACAACUGGUAGAAAGGCCUUAUUGUGUAGGUAUCAUCAUCAUCUGUACUAUGAAAUAUUCCAGAGAGUGUAUAUAAUAUAAUGAAAAAGACCCCAUUUUGUAAUGUCCUGUGCUGAUGGCUUUGAUUCUUUAAUGUGCUUAAGUGUUUAUUAAAAUGGCUGACCGCGA